CUGUGAGAAACAAAACACAUAUUAGCUAGUGAUUUGUUCCUCCUGACUGUUGUCUUCAUGUCUGCACUCCAGAUACCUAUCCUCAAAUCAAGAACAGAGAAGACUUGCUACAGUUACGUUAAUAAUGUUCUAAACACAUGAAGAUCCCUACAGACUUAGAAUCAGGGAAUGUGCAGCCCGUUCUACCUUAGGAGAGGUAGAGUGAGGGCUUUUCUUCUUGCGAUGAACCCAUCUAAUAUGUUCUAGAAACACAGAAGAUGUACAAUCAAUGCUGCUGUUUUUUUCCACUACACAAAUCUAUGAGCCUUCAAUCAUGAUGGAAAGCAGCUCUUUACCCGGCUUUGUGUUUUCUCUGUUUGUUGUGGGGAUGGGGGUUCUGUCUUGACGCCUAUCUUGUCAGUAAUGCCUCGUGUGCACGCAGAAGUGGGGAGUGGGCUUCUCUGCGUUGCUAAGUUGCCUGUUCUCUCCCAGGUCCCAUCAGCAGUAUCCUGGUGAAUAAGUACGGCAGUCGUCCGGUCAUGAUGGCUGGUGGCUGCUUGUCUGGCUGUGGCUUGAUCGCAGCUUCUUUCUGUAACACCGUUCAGGAGCUUUACGUGUGUAUUGGAGUUAUUGGAGGUCUUGGAUUUGCUUUCAACCUGAAUCCAGCUCUGACCAUGAUUGGCACGUAUUUCUAUAAGAAGCGACCCUUGGCCAAUGGACUGACCAUGGCUGGCAGCCCUGUGCUCCUCGCAGUCCUGGCCUCCCUCAAUCAGACUCUCUUUGAUAGCUUUGGUUGUAAAGGAAGCUUCCUGAUUCUUGGGGGCCUCCUACUAAACUGCUGUGUGGCUGGAGCCCUGAUGCGACCCAUAGGGCCCAAGCCAACACAGGCACAGACAGUUGAGUGUAAAGAAUCCCUUCCAGAAGCUGGAAAAUCUAAUGCAAACAAGGUUGCAGGUGAUGCCAACGGAAAAUGUAAUGGUGGGAACGAUAAAGAGGAGAAAAGAUCCGUCUUCCCAGUAGUUAACCAAUUCCUGAACCUGUCCCUCUUCACCCACAGAGGCUUCAUUCUGUACCUCUCUGGAAACGUGAUGAUGGUCUUUGGACUGGCUGCCCCGUUAGUCUUUCUUAGUAGUUACGCGAAGAGUCAACACUAUGCUAGUGAGAAGCCUGCCUUCCUUCUCUCCAUUUUGUCUUUGGUCGAUAUCAUAGCCAGACCUUCCAUGGGACUGAUAGCCAACACCAAGUGGAUAAGACCGCGAAUCCAGUAUUUCUUUGCUGCUGCGAUUUUUGCAAAUGGAGUGUGUCAUAUGGUACUGCCUUUUUCUACCAGCUACGUUGGGUUCUGUGUCUAUGCGGGAUGCUUAGGAUUUGCCUUUGGGUGGCUCAGCUCUGUCUUGUUUGAAACACUGAUGGACCUCGUUGGACCGCAGAAGUUCUCCAGCGCCAUGGGAUUGGUGACCAUUGUGGAAUGCUGUCCUGUCCUCCUGGGGCCACCACUGUUAGGUCGUCUCAAUGACAUAUACGGAGACUACAAAUAUACCUACUGGUCAUGUGGUGUGAUCCUGAUGAUUGCCAGUGUCUUUCUCUUCAUUGGGAUGGGCAUCAAUUAUCGACUUGUGGCCAAAGAAGAGAAAGCAGAGGAGAAUCAGAAAAAGCAAGAUCCAGAGGGGGAGGCCAAAGGAGUUCCUACAGAAUAACAUAGAGUAGAGAGGCCCUGGGGAGAAGCGUCCCGGCUGAAACCACGGAUAGUCAGAGGAGCUUCUGGCCAAAGAUACGGGAAAACAUUCUACUGAACCAUGUGCACCCAGCGAUGCUUAACGUGGACAGCGGACACCUUUGUGGAAACAGCCAGGUGUUUAUUGAGGAAACUCUAUUUCAUCCUUUGUAUCAGUCCAAAAUAAACAUCACAUCCUCUGAGGACUGGGGAUUUGCAGACGAUGGGGAAAGGAAAUUGCUUUUAUUUGAAGUCAGAUGGAUUAAGGGAUACUUUACAUAUGGCUGAACACCUCAUCAUUUCUAGGGGUGUGGGGAAUUGAACCCAGGGCCUUGCAUAUGGUAGACAAGCACAUAUCCAGCCUUACCGUUCCAUUUUUUUAAGGAUGCAGUUUGAUGAGUUUUGACAAAAAUGUUUAGUCAAAUAAGUACGACCCCAGUUUAGAACAUUUCAAAGACCCCCCAAUACUUGGCUCCUUUCUUCUGGAAAUGCUGCUAGAGAAAGAGCAUUGACCUGGGUAACUGGUCAAGCCUGCCCCUCACCCCUAAUCCCUGUCAGCCAUUAACCUGAUUUCUGUCCCUUGAGUUUUACCUUUUCCCAAAUGGAAUUAACGGAAUCAUAUGGUAGGUAGUUGUGGCAUAACAGGAAAUAAAUGUUUGGCCUUCAUCUGCAGUUGCGGGCACACAGCUCCUAAAACCAUUGGAAUCCCUGGAGUGGUAAGAGUGCCUUUUGCAUCUAGGGACAGGAUUUGUGGCGGGGACCUGUGGAAACCUUCAGGAUGGAGGCGGAUCCCCAGAAAGACCAAGGAGUGAUGAGAGGGUCAGAUUUUCAACUCCUUCAUAAAAAUCCCUGAACAACAGUCCUAGCUUGGGGAACACACUGAGGGGCCAAGAAGGUGUGCCUGGGGAGGUCCCACAUACCUGUCCAGUGCAUCUCUUCUGGCUGUUCCUGAGUCAUAUGCUUUAUAACAAACAGUAUGCAAAAGUAAAGGGUUUCCUUGAAUUCUGUGAGCUGUUUCAGAAAAUUAUCACGCUUGAAGAGAGGGUCAUGGAAACCCCUAGUAUAUUACCAGCCCAUCGACUACAGGGUCAGCCUGAGGCUUGUAAAUGGUCUGAAGUGAGGGAGUAUCAUGGGACUGAGCCUUCAAAUCUGUGGAGUCUGACACUAACUCCUCUCAUUAGUAGAUGGUAGUGCCCCACUGUGUAUAUAUGCCACAUUUUUUUUGUCCAUUCAUCCACUGAAGGACAUCUAGGUUGGCUCCACAGUUUAGCUAUUGUGAAUUGUGCUGCUAUGAA